CUUUCUGCCCUGAUUGGUUGAAAAUACAAGUUUUAAAGGUGUCUCAUUUGCUUCAUUACAGAAAAUCAGCAAAAAUGGGUAAAGGUGAUCCUAAGAAGCCGAGAGGUAAAAUGUCUUCAUACGCCUUCUUUGUGCAAACCUGUCGGGAGGAGCACAAGAAGAAACAUCCAGAUGCAUCAGUGAACUUCUCAGAGUUCUCAAAAAAAUGCUCAGAACGAUGGAAGACUAUGUCUUCUAAGGAGAAAGGGAAGUUUGAAGAUAUGGCAAAGGCUGACAAGCUUCGUUAUGAAAAAGAAAUGAAAAACUAUGUACCACCUAAGGGGGAAACAAAAAAGAAGUUCAAGGAUCCAAAUGCACCGAAGAGGCCUCCUUCGGCUUUUUUCUUGUUUUGCUCUGAGUUUCGUCCAAAAAUCAAAGGAGAACAUCCCGGUCUGUCCAUUGGAGAUGUGGCAAAGAAGCUGGGAGAGAUGUGGAACAACACCGCCGCAGACGAUAAACAGCCUUACGAAAAGAAGGCUGCUAAGCUGAAGGAGAAAUACGAAAAGGAUAUCGCUGCAUACCGGGCCAAAGGGAAGGUUGAUGGAGGCAAGAAAGUAGUUGCCAAGGCUGAGAAGAGCAAGAAGAAGAAGGAAGAGGAGGAGGAUGAGGACGAAGAUGAAGAGGAUGAAGAUGAUGAAGAGGAGGAAGAAGAGGAGGACGAAGAUGAUGAUGAUGAUGAAUAAGUCUCUUUUAGAGCAAUUUCUUUCUUGUCUAUAAAGCAUUUAACCCCCCUGUACACAACUCACUCCUUUUAAAGAAAAAAAAAUUGAAAUGUAAGGCUGUGUAAGAUUUGUUUUUAAACUGUACAGUGUCUCUUUUUUUGUAUAGUUAACACACUACCGAAUGUGUCUUUAGAUAGCCCUGUCCUUAGUGGUAUUUCAAUGGCCACUAACCUUGCCUGGUACAGUGUGGGGGUUGUAAAUUGGCAUGGGAGUUAUAAAGCAGGUUCCUGUUGGUGCACAGCACAAAUUUAGUUAUAUUUGGGGAUGUAGUUCAUUUCUCAUCUUCAGUUGUCUCUGAUGCAUCAUAAAAAAUAAUUGUUGUUCUGUUAACUGAAUACCACUCUGUAAUUGCAAAAAGGAAGAAAAAAAGUUGCAGCUGUUUUGUUGACAUUCUGAAUGCUUCUAAGUAAAUACAAUUUUUUUUUUAUUAGUAUUGUUGUCCUUUUAAUAGGUGCCCUUGAGAAUCAUACUUUUUUUUUUUUUUCUUUUUUUUUUUUUUUUUUUGAGGGGAACUCAUCUUUUGCUUUAUUGAAUGCCCGUAUGGGAUCACGGGAAUAUUACAGUUUUCAUCUUUCAUAUAACCAGCUGAUAAACAAAGCUUUGAUCUGCAUACCCUGCAUUAUCAUGAUAGGGUAAGAAAAGAAAUAUAUAGGCAUAUGAUGAAAAUCUUCCAUAACUGGAAACAACAAAAAUUCAAUCUCAGCAAACUCCGGAUACUUGUUCAGAUUUUUGUGAAAUGUAAUAUUCUAUUGCGUUGCAUGAGUUUACCAGUCUUGGAGAGUUGAGAAGUAUAGAGUUCAAUUUUACAGAAACUAAAUACUUUGGGGGGUGGGGAGGGAGGGAAUGUUAAAUUUUGUCCUAGAAGGACCCAUAGGAAGAGUGUAUGUCCAUCUGGUGUAGAGAAAUUUACACGUGUGACUCUGUUACCAUGUAAUGGAAGUUAUAUUUGUAAAUCUCUGAACACCUGGGAGUGAUGAGCGUACCUAAAAUGUGUAAAGUUAAAAGCAUGAAAUGACCAUAUUAUUUUUUGGUGACAGGUCUGGUGAUGGCCAUGGGCUUUAUACCAUGAGACUCCUGGUAGCAAAGGGCCCACAAGAAAUGAUUUUUCUUUCUAAGAUUUCUAUAAAUGGUACCAUUAUUAUUUGUUAAAUCUAUGUAAAUUCAUAUUUGUAUUCUUGAAAUUCUAGUUUUAGCCCUUUAAACAAAGUUGUAUAUUGUCUCAAAUUGAAAAUGAGAUAAGAUGUAUUUUUCCUGUUAGGUUUUAUACCGCACUCUUGAUGUUUGCCCAUUUUUAAGUUAAAUAUAGUUGUAUGGAAAAGUACAUUUUAUUAAAUUUUGCAUUAAAAAGUUAAAUGUUUAUGGUAUACCAACAAUGUCUAAUUUGGUCAAAUACAGUUCUCUUCCAAAACCAAAGCUAAGGGGUUUUUUGCAUAUUUAGUAAAACUUCAAGUGCUGGCAGCUGUAACUAUUUUCACAUAUACCUGCUUACCAGUCUGGGGGACAAUUCGGCAAUUUUGUGGUUGCAAAAUUAUGGUUCUCUUAAGUGCCAGUGUUUAAAAACAAACAAAAAAAAGCAUUCUUGUAAUUUUACACGCUUUUGUGAUGGAGUAUUGUUUUGUUAUACAAUUUUGACUUUCAGAUUCUUAUUUCAAUUUGCAUUUAUGUAUAACUUCAGGAGAAAUAUUGAACAUCUGAAAUCCUGGAUGAUACUAAUAAACUAAUAAUUGCAGAGGUUUUAAAUACUUAGUUAAAUGGCUCACUUAAUACCCUAAGGAUUUGGGGCUUUUUGUGUGUGUUGGUGUUCUCAGAUGUGUACAUCCCUGCUUUCUGUUCCAAGCAGAAGAAUGAUGCUGUUUGCAAGGUCUUGAUACAGAAAGGGUAGGACAGACAGACUUUCUUUGUCUCCUUAAACUGGAUAUUACACAUUCAAAUGCUCUUAACCGAUGACAAAUAAAUUUUCUUUGCUGAA